CCCAGUAGGCUACGGGCGUACUGAAGUUUAGUUGCGCGAACCAGUGAGCUGCAAGUGGAAGAGGGAGGGCAUAAGGAAGAGGGGAUAGAAAAAAAAAACGACAGAAAGAAGUAGAGAAAGAGAGGGAGGAAACCGACGCUUGUAGUGUAGCUUCAACUCCCGGCGAAACUGCGGCAGUCGACUGGAAAAAGAAAGUUGAACUCACGUCGACGCUGACUGAGCCAUCAUUCCAAAGGCGUCCUGCACCCCUGAAGCAGCUACCAUGUCGGACCCAAACAAGUAUCUGUAUGCGGACCGGAAUCUGAUCAACAACCCACUGGCGCAGGCUGACUGGGCGUCCAAGAAGCUGGUAUGGGUUCCCUCAGACCGCCUGGGCUUCGAGGCCGGCUCUGUGAAGGAGGAGCGGGGCGACGAGUGCGUGGUUGAGCUGGCAGACUCCGGUAAGAAGAUCAGAGUGAACAAGGAUGACAUCCAGAAGAUGAAUCCGCCCAAGUUCAGUAAGGUGGAAGACAUGGCUGAGCUCACCUGCCUGAAUGAGGCCUCUGUGCUGCACAACCUGAAGGAGAGAUACUAUUCUGGACUCAUAUAUACAUACUCUGGGCUCUUCUGUGUUGUCAUUAACCCCUACAAGAACCUGCCAAUCUACUCAGAGGAGAUUGUUGAAAUGUACAAGGGCAAGAAGAAACAUGAAAUGCCACCUCAUAUCUAUGCCAUUACUGACAUAUCUUACAGAAGCAUGAUGCAGGAUCGUGAAGACCAGUCCAUUCUUUGCACAGGAGAGUCUGGUGCUGGUAAGACUGAGAACACCAAGAAGGUCAUCCAGUAUCUGGCUCAUGUGGCCUCCUCUCACAAGAACAAGAAAGAUCAGAACAGCUUGGUCCUGUCACAUGGGGAGCUGGAGAAGCAGCUUCUGCAGGCAAACCCCAUCCUGGAAGCAUUUGGAAAUGCCAAGACUGUCAAAAAUGACAACUCCUCUAGAUUUGGAAAAUUCAUCAGGAUCAACUUUGAUGUCAAUGGGUAUAUUGUUGGCGCAAAUAUUGAAACUUAUUUGCUGGAAAAAUCCCGUGCCAUUCGUCAGGCCAGAGAUGAACGCACAUUCCAUAUUUUCUACUACUUGCUCACAGGAGCUGGAGAUAAAUUACGCUCUGAGCUCCUCCUUGAAAAUUACAACAACUACCGUUUCCUUUCCAAUGGGAAUGUCACAAUUCCGGGACAACAGGACAAAGACCUGUUUGCAGAGACCAUGGACGCCAUGAGGAUUAUGAGCAUCCCGGAGGAGGAGCAGAUAGGCAUGUUGAAAGUGGUGGCCUCAGUGUUGCAGCUUGGAAACAUGAGCUUCAAGAAGGAGCGUCACACUGACCAGGCCUCCAUGCCCGACAACACAGCUGCCCAGAAGGUCUGCCACCUCAUGGGGAUGAAUGUCACAGAUUUAACCAGGGCCAUCCUGACACCCAGGAUCAAGGUGGGUCGAGACUACGUCCAAAAGGCCCAGACCCAAGAGCAAGCAGAAUUUGCUGUGGAGGCCUUGGCCAAAGCCACAUAUGAGAGGAUGUUCCGCUGGUUAGUCAUGAGGAUCAACAAAGCUUUGGACAAAACCAAGAGACAGGGAGCCUCCUUCAUUGGCAUCCUGGAUAUUGCUGGUUUUGAGAUCUUUGAGCUGAACUCAUUUGAGCAGUUGUGCAUCAACUACACAAACGAGAAGCUGCAGCAGCUCUUCAACCACACCAUGUUCAUCCUGGAGCAGGAGGAGUACCAGAGGGAGGGCAUUGAGUGGAGCUUCAUCGACUUCGGCCUUGACCUGCAGCCUUGCAUAGACCUCAUUGAAAAACCCGCCAGCCCACCUGGUAUUCUGGCUCUGUUGGAUGAAGAAUGCUGGUUUCCCAAAGCUACAGACAAGAGCUUUGUGGAGAAAGUGCUCCAGGAGCAGGGCACCCACCCCAAGUUCUUCAAGCCCAAGAAACUGAAGGAUGAAGCAGAUUUCUGUAUUAUCCAUUAUGCUGGCAAGGUGGACUACAAAGCGGAUGAGUGGCUGAUGAAGAACAUGGAUCCUUUGAAUGACAAUGUUGCCUCGCUGCUCAACCAGUCCACUGACAAGUUUGUCUCUGAGCUUUGGAAGGACGUGGACCGCAUUGUUGGUCUGGAUAAGGUCUCCGGCAUGUCAGAAAUGCCAGGUGCUUUUAAGACCCGCAAGGGCAUGUUCCGCACUGUGGGCCAGCUCUACAAAGAGCAACUUUCCAAGCUCAUGGCCACGCUGAGGAACACAAACCCAAACUUUGUUCGCUGCAUCAUCCCCAACCAUGAGAAAAAGGCAGGGAAACUGGAUCCCCACCUGGUUCUGGACCAGCUGAGAUGUAAUGGUGUUCUGGAGGGGAUCCGCAUCUGCAGACAGGGCUUCCCCAACCGCAUUGUCUUCCAGGAGUUCAGACAGAGGUAUGAAAUCCUGACUCCGAAUGCCAUUCCCAAAGGCUUCAUGGAUGGGAAGCAGGCCUGUGUGCUUAUGAUCAAAAGUCUGGAGCUCGAUCCUAACCUUUACCGAAUUGGCCAAAGCAAAGUUUUCUUCAGGGCUGGAGUUCUUGCUCACCUGGAAGAGGAGAGGGACAUGAAAAUCACAGACAUCAUAAUUACUUUCCAGGCUUGGUGCAGAGGCUAUUUGGCCCGCAGGGCUUUUGCCAAGCGACAGCAGCAGCUGACUGCUAUGAAGGUGAUCCAAAGGAACUGUGCUGCUUAUCUCAAACUCAGAAACUGGCAGUGGUGGAGGCUAUUCACCAAGGUGAAGCCAUUGCUUCAAGUAAGCAGACAGGAGGAAGAAAUGCAGGCCAAGGAUGAAGAGCUCAGCAAAGUGAAGGAGAAACAGUUGUAUACUCAAAAGCAGCUCCAGGAGCUGGAGGACCAACAUCACCAGCUGAAUGCAGAGAAGCUGGCCCUACAAGAACAGCUUCAGGCUGAAACAGAACUCUGCGCUGAGGCUGAAGAGAUGAGAGCUCGUCUGGCUGCCAAGAAGCAGGAACUUGAGGAGAUUCUUCACGACCUAGAAGCCCGAGUGGAGGAGGAGGAAGAGCGUGCUUCUCAGCUGACAUCGGACAGAAAGAGGUUGCAGCAGAAUAUUACUGACUUGGAACAACAGCUGGAUGAGGAAGAAGCAGCUCGGCAAAAGCUGCAACUGGAUAAGGUCACCAUGGAGGCCAAAAUGAAGAAGUUUGAAGAGGAUAUCAUGGUUCUAGAUGAUCAAAACAUCAAGCUUAACAAGGAGAAGAAGAUGCUGGAGGACAGAGUAUCUGAGUUCACUACCAACCUUACAGAAGAGGAAGAGAAAUCCAAGAGCCUGCAGAAGCUCAAGACCAAACAUGAGGCCAUGAUCACCGACCUGGAGGACCGACUGCGCAGGGAGGAGAAGCAGCGCCAGGAGCUGGAGAAGAACAGACGCAAGCUUGAUGGUGACCUCACUGAAAUACACGACCAAAUUGCUGAUCUGCAGGCCCAGGUUAAAGAGCUCCGUGCCCAGUUAGCCAAAAAGGAGGAAGAACUUCAGGCUGCUCUUCUGAGAAUUGAGGAUGAAGCAGCACAAAAGAAUCUGGCUCAUAAAAAGAUCAGAGAGAUGGAAGCGCAGAUCUCUGAUCUGCAGGACGAUUUAGAGAUUGAGCGACAGUCCAGGACCAAAGCCGAGAAACACCGCCGGGACCUGGGAGAAGAGCUAGAGGCCCUGAAGACUGAGCUGGAAGACACACUAGACUCCACUGCUGCACAGCAAGAACUCAGGACCAAGCGUGAGACGGAGGUGGCACAGCUAAAGAAGUGUCUGGAAGACGAGGCCAGAGUCCACGAACAGCAGAUGGGUGACAUGAGACAUAAACAUAAUCAGGCCUUUGACGAGUUAAAUGAACAGCUGGAGCAGGCUAAGCGGAACAAAGUGUCAAUGGAGAAGUCAAAGCAGACUCUGGAAUCGGAGAAAAAUGAGCUCACCAUCGAGCUGCAGAGCUUGAUGCAGGGUAAAGGAGAUUCAGAACAUCGCAGGAAGAAGGCUGAAGCUCAAGUCCAGGAGUUGCUGCUCAAACAUUCAGAGAGUGAGCGUCAGAGGUUGGAGCUAGCUGACAAACUUGGAAAAAUGCAGGCUGAACUGGAGAAUGUCACUGGUCUGCUGAAUGAGGUAGAGAGCAAGUCCAUCAAAGCAACCAAAGACCACUCUGUACUCGAGUCUCAGCUGCAGGAUGUGCAGGAAGUGCUUCAGGAAGAGACACGGCAAAAACUGUCGGUGGCCUCACGUCUGCGUCAGAUGGAGGACGAGCAGAACGGCUUGAGAGAACAACUAGAGGAAGAAGAAGAAGCCAAAAGAAAUGUGGAAAAGCAGCUUCAAAUGGCGCAAUCUCAGCUUGCAGACUUCAAGAAGAAACUAGAGCAGGAUUCCUGUUAUUUGGAGAGUGCCGAAGAAGGAAAGAAGAGGGUGCAAAGAGAGCUUGAGUCAACGCACCAGCGUCUGGAGGAGAAAUGUUCAGCCUACGACAAAAUGGAAAAAACCAAGACACGUCUCCAGCAAGAGUUGGACGACAUGGUGAUUGAUCAGGACCAACUCCGACAAACUGUCUCCAACCUGGAGAAGAAGCAGAAGAAGUUUGACCAGAUGCUGGCAGAGGAGAAGAACAUAUCUGCACGCUAUGCAGAGGAGCGAGAUCGAGCUGAAGCUGAGGCCCGUGAGAAAGAGACUCGUGCUUUGUCUUUGACUCGUGAGCUGGAAUCUCUGAUGGAUCUGAAGGACGAGGUGGACCGCAACAACAAACUGCUGCGGGCAGAAAUGGAGGAUUUGGUGUCCUCUAAGGAUGAUGUUGGAAAGAAUGUGCACGAGCUUGAGAAGUCCAAGCGUGCAAUGGAGCAGCAGCUGGAGGAGAUGAAAACUCAGCUUGAGGAACUGGAGGAUGAGCUGCAGGCCACGGAGGAUGCCAAGCUGCGUCUGGAGGUCAACUUGCAGGCCAUGAAGGCUCAGUAUGAGCGAGAUUUGGCAGGACGUGAUGAGAUGGGUGAAGAGAAGAAGAGGUCUCUGGUCAAGCAGGUCCGUGAGAUGGAAAUGGAGCUGGAGGAUGAGCGGAAGCAGCGUUCUGUGGCCGUUGCUUCAAGGAAAAAACUGGAGCUGGACCUGAAGGAACUUGAGGCGGGCAUUGACAUGGCCAACAAGAACCGUGAGGAAGCCCUCAAACAGCUGAAGAAACUGCAGGCCCAGAUGAAAGAACUUAUCAGGGAACUGGAUGACACUCGCAUGUCUAGAGAGGACAUACUUGCCCAGAGUAAGGAGAAUGAGAAGAAGUUAAAGGGCAUGGAAGCAGACAUGCUCCAAAUGCAGGAGGAAGUGGCUGCUGCAGAACGAGCAAAGCGACAGGCUCAGCAGGAGAGAGAUGAGCUGCAGGAUGAGAUGAAUAAUCAGGCAUCCAAGAACGCUCAAAUCGCAGAGGAGAGGAGGCGUUUGGAGGCGCGUAUUGCUCAGCUGGAAGAGGAACUGGAGGAGGAGCAGUGCAAUACAGAGCUGGUUAACGACAGGCUGAAGAAAGCAAUGCUGCAGUCGGAGCAGAUGAAUGUGGAGCUGGCUGCGGAACGCAGUUCCUCUCAACGCGUGGAAGGCUCUCGCGCCCAGCUGGAGCGUCAGAACAAGGAGCUGAAGCUGAAGUUGCAAGAGCUGGAGGCAACGGUGAAGUCCAAGUACAAGGCCAAUAUGGCCGCCCUGGAGGCCAAACUUGCUCAGAUGGAGGAACAGCUGGACAUUGAGACCAGGGAGCGGCAAAGUGCCACCAAGCUUGUGAGACGAACUGAGAAAAAACUGAAAGAGGUGGUUCUUCAGGUGGAGGAUGAGAGGCGCAACACGGAGCAGUACAAAGACCAGGCCGACAAGUUGAACUCUCGCAUGAAGCAGCUGAAGCGUCAGCUGGAGGAGGCCGAGGAAGAGGCUCAGAGGGCAAACGCCAACCGGAGGAAACUGCAGAGGGAGCUGGAGGAUGCCACAGAGUCUGCAGACGCCAUGAAUCGCGAAGUGAGCAGCCUCAAGAGCAAGCUGAGACGUGGCGACCUCCCUUUCACCAUGCGUCGCAUCGUGACUCGCACUGGCGCGGAAAGUGACGAAGACGCCGAGGCCAAGAGCGAGACCCCUGAGCCCAAACCUGAAUAAAGAGCUGCCAUGCCACUUAACUCAUUUUCAACAUUUGAGCUGAAGCAUUAAUACACCAACCCAAACACACAUGAGCACUGUCAGUCUGCAUACUGAACAGUGGCAAACACAAAUUGUUGAUCAUGUUAACAACGGUGACAAUCUAUGCAUGAAGACACACAUACAGUUAAGCCAUUACACUCGGACAAUCGCCAUGCCAACCCUUUUUUUUUUUCUUUUGAUUCAUCAUUCAUUUUCUGGCAAAGUGGGGGGGAAAAAAAAGAAAAUAUUUUUAUAAGGAGGCAUUCCAGCUAUGAAGAAAAAAAAAACCUAAUGUAGGAUUUAUUUUUCUAAUUAAAGAAUGACUAAACGGAGAAAGAAGUAUACUUAAAUGAAGACUGAUUACUGGAAGGGGACCAAAGUAAUAUCUCAAUCUAAAGAAUUGUAUUUUACGUUUUUGCUACGAUUAAGAAUGAAAGUACUAUGUGUUUAUUACGGCUCUUGCUUGCGCUCUUGCCUUACAAUGAAGGUUUAUACGCUCAAAUGUAUUGCACCAGUGUAUCAAUCGACAUGUGACUCUGCUUUUGAGGUUGAUCUAUACAGUACACAUUUCAUGGAAGUGAAAAUGACACAAUUGGAGAUGUAUCGAUGACAAGCGGUGAGUGUGACUGUGCUAAAAUUUCUUAAUUUUGCACUGAAUUAGUGAAACACUUAGCCUAGACAUUUGAAGCCGCUGUUUCUUUGACAGCAUCCAAAAUCCUGUGCGCUAACAUCACUGCGCACACUUUAAUUUAGUGUCGUUGACUAUGCUUUUUUGUUUGUUUGUUUGUUUUCCCUGGACAGUUCUUGUUUUAUCAUUAUAGUUGUUUUCAGUCUUGUUCGGGGUUCAAAUGGGGUGGUGGUGUAGUUUAUUCCUAAGGGUGCACACACACACACACUGUAUUCUCAGGGCACAGCUUAUUGAAGGAGGGGAAGCUUAAGGGUUGAACAAGUUCUCCUGUAGUGUACUUGCAUCGAAGGACAUAUUUGUGUACACUUUACUCAAUGUCAGAAAAGGUUCAGCAUAGACAUGAAUAUAUACUGUAUGUUAUACCACAUGAACCACUUUAUGCAGGAAGACACAAACCCUUCACAUGCUGUGCUCAAAGGGCGGCUUUUGGCUCACACUGCUGGGAAGUGAGAGGAUGAAUGUGUUUGAAGACGUCACUGCUCACUAUUCAAAGAAUUUACUCUUUCGCACUUAAAAGCAAAUGGCAUCCAAAAAUAAGAGGGGGGGGAAUCUGCAUCUCAGUUGUGUAAUGUUUAUCUGCACCUCAAGAAUGGAAACCGUGUUGUGACAAUGUUGGUAUUUGAUGUGAUAUUACAAAUAAAGAGGCUUUCUAAACGG